AUGUCCGAGCAGGCCGAGCGGUACAAGUCGCAGGGCAAUGCGGCGCUCCAGGCCAAGAUGUUUUCCGAUGCCGUCGAUCUCUACACCAAGGCGUGCCUCACUUCCGCCCGGGCGCUCUCUUGCGUGUGUCUAUCGCGCGGCGCCGCGCUGGGCGCGAUGCGCAAGCACGAGGAGGCGCGCAAGGCGUACCUGAGAGCGAGCCAGCUCGAGCCGCACAACGCGCAGGAUGCGUCGGAGGACUCGAUGCGCUCGGCGCUGCGCGCGCUGGGCAAGGCGGACGCGGCUCUCGCCCAGAAGAUGGUGCACUUGCUCGAGGGGCUCAACGCGGCCUCCUCCGAGGGCGAGGGGGAGGAGGACGAGUCGGCGGACGAGGCGGAACCGCAGGCGUCCCAGCGCAAGCGGCGGCGGGAUGACCGCUCUCAGGCGAAGCCAGCGGAGCAGCCUAGGGAGCAGCCCUGCACCUUCUGCCCGGCCUUAGCGCUUGCCACCGCGGUGGCUGGCGAGUAA